GAGUAAACCACCCUUACCCUCCACACGCACACACACCACAUGCACACGCGCGCGCGCACACGCGCUAACACGCCCUUACAGUAAGUGAAAGUAAAACUUAACAGCAGAACAGGAGGAGACACGCAGCUCGUCGUUUGGUGGAAACAUUUGAGUCUUCGCUGAUUUAUCUUCUAAAAACAUGGACAUGCCCAACGCAUUGAGGAUCGUCCUCCUGGGGAAGAACGGAGUGGGGAAGAGCAGCCUGGCCAACCUCCUCUUCGCAGAUCACACAUUCAAAAUAAACAAUCUGAGCGACUUGGAAACGCAUUCCACCACCGUCCGAACCAAAGCCGUCGGCGGAAGAAGCGUCUCUCUGAUCGACACGCCCGGUUUCUUCGACCCGUGCCGGUCCGAGGAGGCGAUGCUGCCCGAGAUGCUGCGCUGCAGCGCCGAGUGCGCCCCGGGGCCUCACGCCUUCCUCAUCGUCUUCAAAGUGGAGAAAUUCAUCGAGCACAACAAGGACGUCGUCUCAAAAAUGCGCCAAUACUUCCCCAAAAACGCCCUGAAGUACGGCGUGAUCGUCUUCACCCACGGCGACCAGCUGCCGGAGGAGAUGACGCUGGAGAGGUACAUCGAGGAGAGCGGCGACCUGGGCGACCUGGUGAAGGAGUGCGGCGGCCGGUGCCACGUCGUCGACAGCAAAUACUGGACGGGCGACGACGCGCCGCGCGACCGGAGCAACCGGAUCCACGUGGCGGCGCUGCUCAGCACCGUCGAGCGGCUCGUGGCGGAGAACAAGGGAGGAUUCUACUCCGACGGCAAGAUACGAGAAAUCGGGGAACAGCUCCAGAAGGAGGAAGAGCUCCUCAGAGCGACAUCGGGAGGCAGCAUGUCGCAGGGAGAGAUCAGGGAGCGGGCGAUGAGCAUCGUGGUGAAGAAGCAGGUCGACGCCAAGGCUCGAGUGUGGGGGUGGGGCUUAGCGAAGUAUGCAUUCAUAGCUGGGCUAUUUGCGUUUAUCUCAGCUAUAUUGAUUAGAUUCAAGAUGUGGGAAGAUGUCAAGGAACGCAUCCUCCCAUUUCAUGAGUGAACCAGAGCUGGUAGACGUGGUGGGACCAGCUGGUCCCACCAGCCAGCACAAGGAGAAGGAGCUGAGUUGUAUUAAUCACACAUUUAUUACGUAUUAGAACACCUUUUUUUAUUCUUCUUUUUGAUCUGUCUCUUGUGAGACCAACUUCAUAGAAGUGAAAUAUUAAAUGAUGAGUUUAGAAGCCUUUUAAUGGUGACUUAUUUUCUGUUUUGUUCAUGGUGGAUGAGUCAUUAUGCGUGUGUCACAUUAAACAGCUUCAUGUAACCGUCCACCUGUUCAAGUGUACGGCGGACUAUACGUGUACUGACUUAAUGUCAAUAAAUUCAAUUACAAAGACAACAAAU